CUUGGCACUUCCACGCACAUCAUUAACGUUCCACUCGACCUCAAGCAACCAACGUCAAACGCUCGUCCAGCUGAAUCCCGUAUCUGGUGAUCAAUUCGGGGCAUCGCAGGGAAAGAAGAGAGAAGAGGUUACUCCAGCGACGAUUAUCGUUUGUACCAUCGGUCCGACCUCGCAGACCGGACCCCGACCGACCCUCUCUAAUUACACGAUCGUUCGCCCCGCCACCCCUCCCACGUCUCGUCGCAACCCGCUUCUCGCUCACUCCUGGUGUGCAGCCAUGGCAGACAACAACGAGACGGGCAGCGACGCCCAAAUCACCUUCAAGGUGAAGAGCUCCAACGACAAGACGCACACAAUCACCAUGGACGAGUCGGCAACCGUGCUCGAUCUCAAGAACAAGCUCGCCGGCGCCGACUUCGAGGACAUCCCCGCCGACAGGCAGCGGCUGAUCUACUCCGGGCGCAUCAUGAAAGACUCGGAUGCCCUGAGCGUCUACAAGAUCAAGAACAUGAACACCAUCCACAUGGUCAAGAGCGCCCGAAGCAACGCGCAACCUGCGGCCAGCGGUUCAUCCUCGACUCCAACUCCGGCCGCGGUUCCCCAAAACAUGGCCGCGGGCUCCGUUGCCGGCGACCCUCUCGCAGGGCUCACCGGCGCCCGGUUUGCCGGUCAUGCCAACUUGCCAAGCGCCGACCUGUUUGGCGCAGACGGCGGGAUGGGCGCGCCGCCGAGCGAGGACCAGUUGGCCGAUAUGCUGUCCAACCCGAUGAUCGCGCAGACAAUGAACGAAGCUCUGAACAACCCCAACUUCAUCGACAUGAUGAUCCGUACGAACCCGGCAUUGGCCGCCAUGCCCAACGCGCGCGAGAUGCUCCAGUCGCCCUACUUCCGAAACAUGAUGACAAACCCGGAGGCAAUCCGGAUGGCGGCGAGAAUGCGAAGAGUAUUACAGGGCGGCGGCGGCUCCGCCUUCCCGGCCCCUGGUGCUACGGACAACACGCCGGCCGACGCGCCAGGGAGCGGGAAUGCCGCGACCACGGGCAACAACAAUAACAACAACAACAACAACAACGAUGAUCCUCUCCGGGCGCUGUUCGGCGCCGCCGGGGAUGCCGGCAACGCCCCGUCCGGGUUUCCUCUCGCUUCCCUCCUGGGCAUGAUGCCACCCGCCUUUGGCUCCGCCACACCGGGCGCGGCCGGGCAAGCGGCGCCAGCAAAUCCGCCACAGUCCCCCUCUUCGACGGAAAACAGAGAUGCCCCGGCGGCCGGCGCAAACACGCAGGGCCAGGCCGGCAGCACCACCCAACCGGCGGCCAACCCGUUCGCUGCGCUAUUCGGCGGCGCCGCCCCCGGGGCCAACGCCAACAAUCCCUUUGGACUGCCGCCCAUCUCCCCGGAAGCCCUGCAGCAGAUGGCGCAGUUGUUGGGCUUGGGUGGAGCCGGCGCGGCUCCUGCGGCGCCGCCCGACAAUAGGCCACCGGAGGAGCGCUACGCCGAGCAGCUGCGCCAGCUGAACGACAUGGGCUUCUAUGACUUUGACAGGAACGUGACGGCGUUACGCCGCAGCGGCGGCAGCGUCCAAGGUGCGGUUGAGUACCUGCUCUCGAACCCAUAGACAGGGGGAAGCCUGGAAGGAUGGUUAUUCGGAGGCUGAGGGGGGGCCUCGGGCCGCCUUGGGAGUGUGGCAAGCGGUAGUC